AUGCCUCCACGCUUUGAGCAUAUAGAGUUCACCAAACCACCACUCCGAUUGGGGCACACUGAUGCCAAAGAGGAGAAGAAGAAAGAAACUUGUGUCGCCAUAUUGGAAGUCACCAAAGAGCAAGUCGAGGGACUAAGGAAGAAAGCCAAUGAGAUCCCAUGUCAGGACGUGGAGAUGGUGUCGACGCGACCUUAUUCUCGAUAUGAAGCUAUUGCCAGCCACUUAUCCGUCUCUCCCCCAGGAUACUUUGGAAACACAGUUCUUCAGACAAUAACAUCGAAAUGUAUCCAUGGCGACCUCUUGGCCAAACCACUUAGUUAUGCUGCGGGAAAACUAAGGGAAGCCAUCGAGCGUAUGACAGAUGAGUAUAUAAGGUCUGCUCUUGAUUUUAUAGCUAGCCAGAAGGAUGUCGGUGCUUUGAGGUGUGGCUUGCACAAUGGUGCACACACCAAUCCACCUAAUUAUUUAGGAAAUCCCAACGCUUCUAUUAUAAGUUGGAUCAAUUUGCCAUUUUAUGGUAUGGAUUAUGGGUGGGGAAAGCCAAUAUACGUCGGUCCAGCAUUAUUAAAUGAUGAUGAUGGCAAGACGUACAUCAUGUCAAGUCCAGCUGCAGAUGGAUCUCUAAUCAUAGCACUCCGUUUGCAAACAGAAUGCAUGAAUUCUUUUAAGAAGUUCUUCUAUGAGGACAUGCCAUGA